AUGGCUGCAGCAACGAUUGAAGAUGCUGAUGCACAUCUCCGCGCAAUCAUCACCAACCUCUACAUGCUCCUCGCUCAAGCACACGACUACCAUGGCCCCAACACACAGCAGGCCAUGGCGGCCGAAAUCAAAUCCCUCCUCCAAAACCUCAUCCUCGUGACCAACACCGCCCGCCGCCUACCCACCUAUCUCCCCAUCGAGAUUAUCCAAUACGUCGAGGCCUCCCGCAACCCGGACAUCUACACGCGCGAGUUCGUCGAGCUGGUCAUGCGAUACAAUCAACAGCAAAAGGGGCGCAGUGAGGCCUUUGCCACUUUCCGCGACAUCUUGGGAAGAGAGAUGGCGAGUGGGAUCCCUGAUAUCAAGGAGGACGUGAAGAGAGUGGUGGAGGCUACGGGUGGGAAAGUGGAGAGUUGA